AUGGCAGAAGUUCCACUUGCAGUGGUGGAGAUCACCCCUACUUUUGCUUUGUCCUUCAAUGGUUCAAAGCCUGUUGCCAUCCCUCCCAGCUUUAUUGUGAAGGUUGAUUUGCGGAUGCACUAUGAAAAGCCAUUCCUUCUCCAAUUCAAUGAGUUGAAGCAGAAGAGGAACCAUAAGCUCAUGAGCAAUGGCCAGAAGAAGCUCAAGACUGAACAGGCGGUUGAAAUCACCAUUGGCUCCACCAAUGUUUCCAUCCUGUGCCCUGGGAAGAGAUCUGCAUCAGCAGAUCUUUUGGUCUUGAUGGACCAGGAUCAGCUGAGUUGUGUCUUUGACUUUUUGAAGACUGAUUGCAAGGACAAUGGCAAAGCCAAAAGGUCUUACAAAAAGGGUGGCAACAAGCCCCAAAAAGAUGAAGAAGCAGACUAG